UGAGCAAGGAGGGUCUGGAGGAGACCGGCGCAACGAUUUGCGCAGUCGAAAUGAGAGAAGGGGAUAUGGUGUCUUAUCAGAAACAUAUCCAAAGUCGCCUGACCCCAACACGGCCAGAAAUUCGAUGUCUAGAGGCGCAGACGACAGGGCGUCUACUCCGAGGAACUCAUGCGUCUACUGUAGAGGAAAAGAUCAUAUCAAGAGGGAUUGCCCGGAUCUCAAACGGACAAUAGAUGAGGGACUUGUCGUGCUUGACGACCGCAAGUACGUCAAGUGGGCAGAUGAUCUGAGAGAUGUAUCAAUGUUUCCUUCGAUGAAGGAGAACGUCGAAGCAAGGGGAAUAAAGACGAGUAAAGGAAUGGAGCCGGUCAGGAGCCAGAGCAUCAAGAUAAUCUUUGAGGGGGAUAUCGCGACCUCACCCAUAAGGGUGGCAGCCACCAAGUCAGCAAGAGGGUCUACAUCGAAGAAGACUGACACGGACUACGUGAUGACGGAGAAGGACGGGCAGCGGAUUGAUGGAGAGGAGGUUAUCCUUUCGCCACGAAAGAGGGGAGUGAAGAAGUUCUUAAUGAAGAGUUCGUUGGACGAGAUUGGCACGGUUGAGCCACUGAGGCGGGCUCUUCGGCAACCCAUGCAGUGCUCUAUUCUGGAGUACCUGGCGGCAUCGAAGCCAACUCGUGAAGAGUUACAGAUGAUCACGCGGAAGACUCGCAUACCUCUAUCGGAGGAGGGUCAGGGGGCCCUUAAGGCGGAAGCUUCUACGGUAGCAGUAACGGGGGUGACUGCUAGAGAGGAUCGCAUGGCGACAGUUCUUCUCGAUGGAAUGGAAGGUGUGCCUCCAGACAAGUUUUAUAUACUUGGUAGUGGGGCCGUGGAGACGAUUAUAAGCGAUGGAGCGGUACUCGAUGCUGUGAUUGAUAACGACAGUGAGGCUGUCAUCAUAGACGAGGACCUGGCAGUACAGGUUGGACUGGGCCUCGAUAGGUCGUACCAGUUCGAGAUAGAGACGGUUGAUGGGAGAAAGCAACAGAUCACUGGGGUUUGUCACAAGGCAGCCAUAGAAGUCCAAGGAGUGAGAGUGACCCUGUCUGUUUUUGCGGUCAAGAACUGCAGCUCCGACAUGCGUGGCUGAGCCACGUGCAUGCGGUGACGAUAGAGCGACCUGAUGGGAGCCAAACAUUGUCCAUUAGCAAGC